CAAUCGUCCCACCUCCGCCUCCUCACAUUUCCAAGUUCGUUCUGUGAGACUCUAGCGUCAGGACAAAGCAACAACAAAAUGUGCUCUACUCUAAAGAAGCGUGGGACAUACAGAACUGAAGCUGCAGAAUGCCAUGACCAUGGUAGCACUUUUCAAGGAAGAAAGAAAGGUGGGAGUUCUUUCCGGGAUAAUUUUGACGGGAGGAACUGUCAUUAUGAACAUGGUGGGUAUGAGCGCCCACCUUCACACUGCCAGGAGAAUGAUGGAAGCAUGGAGAUGAGGGAUGUCCACAAGGACCAACAACUAAGACACACUCCUUAUAGCAUCCGAUGCGAAAGAGGAAUGAAAUGGCAUAGUGAAGACGAAAUCCGUUUUACCGCGUGGAGAAAUACAAAACCUCCAAAGAGAAAAAUGAGGCAGAACACACAGGAUGGAUACACAAGGAACUGGUUCAAGGUCACAAUUCCUUACGGGAUAAAGUAUGACAAGGCAUGGCUAAUGAAUUCAAUCCGGAGCCAUUGCAGUGACCCCUUCACUCCGGUUGAUUUCCACUACGUCCGAAAUCGGGCAUGCUUCUUUGUCCAGGAUGCUAGUGCUGCCUCCGCAUUGAAGGAUGUCAGUUAUAAGAUUUGUGAUGACGAGAACCAAAAGAUAUGUAUAUUUGUCAAUCAUUCUACUGCGCCCUACUCUGUGAAGAAUAAGUUGAAGCCAGGCCAAAUGGAGAUGCUAAAGCUGACCAUGAACAAACGGUACAAUGUCUCCCAGCAAGCUCUUGAUCUCCAGAAUCUCCGCUUUGACCCAGACUUGAUGGGCCGUGACAUUGAUAUAAUCCUGAAUCGAAGAAACUGCAUGGCUGCCACCCUGAAGAUCAUUGAAAGAAAUUUCCCUGAGCUGUUGUCUUUGAACUUGUGCAACAACAAACUGUACCAGCUGGAUGGCCUUUCUGACAUUAUAGAGAAGGCUCCCAAAGUCAAGACCCUGAACCUCUCCAAAAAUAAGCUGGAGUCGGUGUGGGAGUUGGGCAAGGUGAAAGGGCUGAAGCUCGAAGAGCUAUGGCUAGAAGGGAACCCCUUGUGCGACACCUUCUCGGACCAGUGCGCCUAUGUAAGUGCCAUCCGGGAUUGUUUCCCCAAGUUGUUACGCCUGGACGGCCGAGAGUUAUCCGCACCAAUGAUUGUUGACAUUGACAGCUCUGAGACAAUGAAACCCUGCAAGCAAAACUUUACUGGAUCUGAGACCCUAAAGCAUUUAGUCCUGCAAUUCCUGCAGCAGUAUUACUCGAUCUAUGACUCUGGAGAUCGACAGGGUCUCCUCGGUGCCUACCACAAUGAGGCCUGCUUCUCCUUGGCUAUUCCCUUCGACCCCAAGGACUCAGCCCCGAACAGCUUGUGCAAGUACUUUGAGGAUAGCAGGAAUAUGAAAGCACUCAAGGACCCCUACCUGAAGGGGGAACUGCUGAGGCGCACAAAACGUGACAUUGUGGACUCCCUCAGUGCGUUGCCCAAAACUCAGCAUGACCUCAGCUCCAUCCUGGUGGACAUGUGGUGCCAGACGGAACGGAUGCUCUGCUUUUCUGUCAAUGGGGUUUUCAAGGAAGUGGAAGGACAGUCUCAGGGUUCUGUUCUCGCCUUCACCCGGACCUUCAUUGCUACCCCUGGCAGCAGUUCCAGUCUGUGCAUCGUGAAUGACGAGCUGUUUGUGAGGGAUGCCAGCCCCCAAGAGACUCAGAGUGCCUUCUUCAUCCCAGUGUCCACACUGUCCUCCAACUCUGAGCCCUCCCUCUCCCAGGAGCAGCAGGAAAUGGUGCAGGCUUUCUCUGCCCAGUCUGGGAUGAAACUGGAGUGGUCUCAGAAGUGCCUUCAGGACAAUGAGUGGAACUACACUAGAGCUGGCCAGGUCUUCACUAUGCUCCAGACCGAGGGCAAGAUCCCCGCGGAGGCCUUCAAGCAAAUCUCCUGAGAGGAGCCCUUCGAUGUCUUCUUUGUCUUCGUUCACAUCCUCUUUGUUUCCUCUUUUCACCAGCCUAAGGCCUGGCUGACCAGGAAGCCAACGUUAACUUGCAGGCCACGUGACAUAACCAUCCAAAGAGCCAGCUGCUCUGUGUAUUUGCGCCACUCAUGAUCACCAUUUAAUUUUCAUAAUAAAGAGUGACGUUACACGUUGUA